AUGGAAGAUCGUUCUUAUCUCUCAUCUAUGGGAAAUUCUGAGGCAAGAGCGAUGCUUCAGCUUCAGGAUUGGCUAGUAAAUAUAACAGAAGAUGCAGUUGAGAGUCGAACGAAACAAAUUUCAAAUUCUGUUUUUAUCUAUCAACCGAUAAAUGAAAAACAACUCGUUCAUUGUAUAUUUAACACAAUGACUUAUCGACCUCUACGCGUUAAAUCUCUCGCUCACCUUUUGAAAGGCAUUUUAUCUGUCGUCGACUUAGAAAAGUCGCAGCUAAGAGAUCUGUUCCUACAUGCUAUUGCUUUACAUUCUCAUACAGAGUAUACACAUCUUAUUUUCUUCCGUGAACUCCUCGCAACAGGUGUUUACACAGAAGAAGAAGUUGUCAACGAGAUAGUUGGAUUCUACGAACAAAUACCGGCAGCUGAGAUCAACCAUCUUUUGCUAUUUGCUUGGUUUGCUCCUGAAAUUGAAAAACACAAUCCAAUGCAUUUUCAGCGAUGCUUAGAUGUAUCUGAGAGAUCUCAAGUCAUGCAUACACGCCCUGAUAUACUACACUUCAUUAAUAACCUUCCAAUUUUCAGAGAUAAUGACUACGCUUUAUGGAAAGAAUGUAUGUCGAUUCAUGAUGAACCAAGUUCAGUACCACAUAUAAUUCGCGAUGAUGACCUAGAAAAACUUCAAGAAUUUGCUAAAGCUCCAGAUUUUGAUAUUAAUCAGCGAGUUUUACCAUUUAUUUUCACGAUUUCAACAUUUUUAACAUCGUAUCCUACAUUAAUACAAUACACCGCAUUCUGUGGUGCCGAGAAAUGCUUCAAUUUCCUGUUAGAAAAAGGAGCAGAUGUUACAUUAGAAGAUUGCGCUCAAACAACACUCGCUCAGUUCGGCAUUGCAGGUGGCAACCUUAACAUUAUACAUACACUUGAGAAAAUCGUUCCAAUGGACGGUUGUCUCUCAAUGUCAGUGAAAUUUAUUCACAUUCCUAUAUUUGAGUGGCUUUUAUCCACCAAGUUCAAAGAUAUAUCAGCAUCAGACCUCAAAGGUCUUUCUCCAAUCCACUACGCCUGCGAAUCCGGUUGUCCAGCCGCAUUAUUAAAAUGUCUUGACAGCAACAUUGAUCCAAACAUCUCAUUCAGUACAGGAUGGUCACCAUUACACAUUGCCGCUAAGAAUGGUCAGUCAUCCAUUCUCAGAAUCCUUACUUCCCAUCAUAAGAUAAAUAUUAACAAAACCGACGCUCACGGAUGGACUGCCUUGCACUGGGCAGCCUCCAACAUGCAUCCAAACUCAUGCAGGAUCCUUCUCCGGCAUCCAGAGAUCAACGUUAAUAUUGUUGAUUCAGAAGGUCAAUCUCCAUUGCAUUGGGCGGCCAUUAAAGGGUUACCCGAUGUCAUUGCAGCCUUGUUAAGCCAUCCAGAGAUCAAUGUCAACUGCAGGAACAACGAUGGAGACUCACCACUUCACUUGGCAUCAAUGAAAGGAAAUACUUUUGCGGUUAGAGCACUUUUGGAAAAUCCGAACAUCAAUGUCAAUAUUCCUGAUGAUUCCGAUGCAACACCUCUUUAUCUUGCAGCAGAAAAUGGAAACACAAGUGUUGUAAAACUAUUGAUGGAACAUCCAGGAAUUGAUCUUAACAAACCUGACAAUUUUGGUGGUACUCCUUUAAUUGCUGCAUGCGGACCAAAUGAUAACAACAUGAAGGAAACAAUCGAGCAAUUGUUGUCAUCAAAGGAUAUCGAUGCUGAUGUUGUCAGUCAGAGAGGAUCAAUUGCUUUACACGCUGUAUGCGAAAACGGUUCUCACGAUGAAGUUUUACUUGUAGCGAAAAGAACAUCGAAUCUCAAUGCACAAGAUGGCUUCAUGUGGACACCUUUACACACUGCAAGCUCUGUAGGAAACGCAUCAGCAAUUGAAGCAUUGUUGGAAUUACCUGGUGUUAAAACAGAUAUACCUGAUUCAACAGGAAAAACUCCUCUUUUUUGGGCAGUUGCUUCUGCAAGAGAUUCUGAAGUUGGUGAUGCAAAAGAAAGUGUUAAAAGAUUGUUACCUGUUUCCGAUGUAAAUCAUAAAGAUGAUGAACAACAAACAGUGUUACAUACUUGCGCAAAUAUCGAUGAUGAAUCAGAUAUCUUGGAAUUAUUAAUAUCUAAAGAUGAUGUGGAUGUAAAUGUCACAGAUAAAGUUGGAAGAACUCCACUACAUAUUGCAGUAAAAUCAAAAAGUUUAAAGAACGUUGAUUUACUGUUAAAUAAAAGUGACAUAAAAAUGGAUGUUAGAGAUAAAACAGGAAGAAAUCCUCUACACAUGGCAUGUUUGUAUUCAUCUUCAGAGAUUUUGCAAUUACUCUUAAAUCAUGGCGGUUUUGACUUGAAUGAUGUAGAUGAAAAAGGAGAAAACGCACUGAUGUUGGCUGUCGAAAGCGGAAGUGUUGAAAAAGUUCAGAUUUUGGUCGAAACAGGAAAAAUUGACUUGAACGCAAAGGAUAAAAGCGGAAGAACAGCUCAAACAAUUGCACUGAAAUUAGGUUACGCACCAAUUGCUCAAUUGUUAUCAAAGAUAUAA